AUGUCCAAACGCUCUCGAAGUCGUUCCGAGUCACGGACACCUUCCCCCUCCACACACUCAAGGUCCUCAACUUCGGGCGUCGUUACUCCAAUGGAGCGCAGCAAAAUUAUUCAUGGUGAAUCGGCCCCCAUCAUCGAGGCGAUGCAUUGUGCGUUACCACCUCAUCGCGAGACCUUGUCUUUCGCUUCACAUGAAGACUACGAAGUGCAUUAUAGACAGGCACAUGUCAAUCGCUGCGCAGAAUGCAGUAGAAAUUUUCCAACCGGUCAUUUUUUGAAUCUUCAUAUCGAAGAGAACCAUGAUGCCCUCGCGGCAGCCCGAAGAGCGCGGGGGGAGAAGACCUAUGGCUGCUUCAUCGAGGAUUGUGAGCGAAAAUGCUCUACCCCUCAAAAGCGACGACUUCAUCUGAUAGACAAGCAUAUGUUUCCCAGGACCUACAAUUUCUACAUCAUCAAUGAUGGAAUCGAUAAGCAGACAUCUCUGCUACGGCCUCUGAAUAGCAACCGGAGGCGCCUUUCCACUGCAUCCGUUUCAUCUGCCCAGGAAGGGAGGCUUCGACGUCGCAGCUCAGUAUCACAGGCUAAUCCACCUGCUACCAUUCCUCAAGAGGAGACUAAUGACAUGGAGAUUGAUGAGUUAGAACGAUCCAUGUCAGCACUCCGGUUUGUGCCUGCGAGCGUGAUGAGAAAUCGACCGAAGGCGCCCCAAAAGCAUUCUUGA